GUCAGUGAAUGAAUGAAUGACAAGAUAUUUACUCUGCCCUUUAGGUUAUGUCAGCAUACAAACGGCUCCAUCGAACGCGGCAACACGUUUUCCAAGGUGACACGGUAGCAUUAACUGCGGCAAGCGAUGAGAUAAAUAAAAACUUCAGGAAACACAAACAUGAAAAUGACCCAGCCAAGUUGAAAGAAUUGUUAGCAUAUGCGGAUGAGGUGAACAACACACUGGCCACAGAAAUCGUGCAAGCAAAGGUGGAAGAUAAUACAAUAGCGAUCAAGUUGAGACCUGAGGUGGAUUUCCAUGAUAAGACUCUCAUUGCUGUGAACAGCAGAAGAAGAAAAAGGAGGGAAAGGCUGGAAGGCAAUGCAGCAGAUACGACACCAGUAUUAGACGACAAGUGCAGCUAGUACAUAUAUACCUCUCGCUAUAAUGACUCCAUGAGCCAGUCUGUUUUACUAGUUGGCCAAACAUGUAAAUAAGUGGAGUUUUGUCAGUUAAUGCUGCCAUGUGUUUCGUGAUUUCACAUAGGCUGGCUUAGACCAUACACACCAGGCUACCAAGAGUGAGCUAGGUGUGCUCAGCAUAUUGUAAUAAGCCUUGUAAUAAUAAAUAAUAAGUAAGUA